ACUGUGACGUUUGCUCGGUAUUUAUGUUAUUGUAUUUAGUGUAGUUUAGUGUAUUUAUUGUGUAAUAUACUUUAUCAAAAUGGAAAACAAAUCUGCGCAAUAUAAGUACUGUAUAGUGCCGGGAUGCAAAAGCACAACUGUCAGAACAUCCAACAAACAUUUUUUUACUCUACCAAAAGAACCAAAACGUCGAUUAAAAUGGCUAAAGGCAUGCAGGCGAGAUAAAAAGGAUAUUUCACAAAAAAGCAUAGGUCUUUAUGUCUGUGAGGAUCAUUUUGAUUUGGAACAAGAUAUGGAUAACUAUAUAAAAUUCAAGAUUAUGGGUGGUCCCAAAAUUAUUAAGUCAGGUGUUGUCCCGCACAUAUUUGAUUGUCAACCAGACAAAAAACGAGCUUUUUCUCAGCCUGUGAGGGAAGCAGCCCUUAAAAGGGUUAAACGACAGCUUCUUGAAGAUGCCGCUUCUACAUCUAAGUCUGUUUUAGAGGACAAUGAUGAUAAGAGACAAUGUGAUCCUAGUUUCACAAACUUAGUACAAUCAGGACCUGAAUUAAACCAAUCAGCUUUACCUCAAAAACUGAAUAAUUCAUCAACACAGACUCACAUCAAAAUAAGAAGUAAAGGUAUUCAGUGCAAAUUUCAAAGGAGUGUUACAGUCGGGUUGUCGCUAUUGAAAAUACAUAAUAAGGAUGCAGGAACUACACCUAUAAAAGACUGAUAUUUGAAGAUACAAAAA